AUGAGCAGCCCUCCAUUCGACAAAGAAAAGCUUCCGUCCAGCCGCUCCGGGACACCCUCCGUCCACUUCUCACAGCGCUCGGUUGAAGACACCCUAUCGGAACUCCAGACCGAUCUUCAGGCUGGUUUGUGCAACAACCAAGACGUGGUCCACCGUAGGCUGGUCCACGGAAUCAACGAGUUGAGUUCCGAGGAGGAGGAGUCCUUGGUGAUGAAAUUCAUCUCGUCUUUUUAUUCGGACCCGUUGAUUCUUUUGUUAAUAGGCUCGGCCGUAAUUAGUUUCUGGAUGGGCAAUGUAGACGAUGCUGUAUCCAUCACCUUGGCCAUCACCAUUGUAGUGACCGUGGGGUUUGUGCAAGAGUACCGUUCCGAGCAGAGUUUGCAGGCGCUCAACAAGUUGGUGCCGGCGGUGGCCAAGUUGACUAGAAACGGCAACACGUCCAGUGUGUUGGCCUCUGCGUUGGUUCCUGGUGACUUGGUGCACUUCACUCAGGGCGACAGAAUCCCUGCGGAUGUGCGUUUAACGGAGGCUGUCCACUUGACUAUCGACGAGUCGAACUUGACUGGCGAAAACCGCCCGGUGAAGAAGCAGGUGGAGGCUGUGCCUUACCACCCACAGCAGUCGUACAAAGACUUGCCCGUCACAGAGCGUAGCUCCGUUGCAUUUAUGGGAACACUCGUCAGGGAUGGCCACGGUGCUGGAAUUGUCGUCGGAACCGGUGCCAAAACAGAGUUUGGUGUAGUCUUUGAGAUGAUGUCCGAGAUUGAAAAGCCCAAGACGCCGCUACAGCAAGCCAUGGACAAGUUGGGUAAAGACCUUUCUGUGUUCAGUUUCAUUGUCAUUGGUCUUAUCUGUUUGUUGGGUAUCAUCCAGGGCCGCAAAUGGCUCGACAUGUUCCAGAUCUCGGUUUCGCUUGCUGUGGCUGCCAUCCCAGAGGGUUUGCCUAUCAUUGUCACUGUCACUUUGGCACUCGGUGUCUUGAGAAUGGCAAAGAGAAAAGCUAUUGUUCGUCGUUUGCCUAGUGUUGAGACUCUUGGUAGUGUGAAUGUUAUUUGCUCAGACAAGACAGGUACUUUGACCCAGAACAAAAUGACUGUUACCAAGAUUUGGACUUUUGACUUCAAGAACUCCAGCUCGGACACCUCUCCAUUUUUGCUCGUGGAUAAGCUCGAUAGCGCCAACUUGCACCGCAGUAUCACUCCAAACAUCUCUAGUGUGUUAGAAACUGGCUCCAUUUGUAACAAUGCCAAAUACUCCCAGGAAAAUGACAAGUUUGUUGGAAAUCCCUCCGACAUCGCUAUUGUCGAAUGCUUGCCUCACUUCGGAAUCGACGAUGCUCGUGCUACCAAACUGAGACUCUAUGAGUUGCCCUUUUCAUCUCAGAGAAAAUUCAUGGCUGUUUGCUCUCAUGCUGGAGACACAAGCAGAUGCGAAACUCACGUCAAAGGUGCGACUGAGGCUAUUUUAAGAUUGUGUACCAAGUAUGCUGACGAGAAUGGUAUUGUCAAGCCAAUGACUGCUGAGGUCAGCGACUACAUUUACAAGACCUCGGUGACUCUUGCUGAAGACGGUUUGCGUGUUUUGGCCUUUGCCAAAAACCACCAAAGAUAUUAUGAUGAGUCUGGUCUGUCGACUCUUUUGCCCUCUGACCUUAUCUUUUAUGGACUCAUUGGCAUGAAGGAUCCUCCUAGACCAAAUGUCGGUAGCUCUAUUGCCAUGUUGAUGCGUGGUGGUGUUCACGUUAUCAUGAUCACUGGAGAUGCACCAUCUACCGCUGCUAACAUUGCCAAACAAAUCGGUAUUCCUUGUAACAAUCCUGGUUCCAUCAUGACCGGUGAUCAGCUCGAAAGCUUGAACGAAGAUAGUUUGAGCAGUGCUAUUCUGAAUGUAUCUGUCUUUGCAAGAACUUCUCCGGAACACAAAGUUGCCAUUGUGAAGGCUUUGCAGAGAAGAGGCGAUGUCGUUGCUAUGACAGGUGAUGGUGUCAACGACGCUCCUGCUUUGAAAUUGGCUGAUAUUGGUAUUGCCAUGGGUAAGACCGGAACUGACGUCGCAAAGGAAGCCGCGGAUAUGGUCCUUACUGAUGACGACUUCUCUACUAUAUUGUGUGCCAUUGAGGAAGGAAAGGGUAUUUUCUACAACAUUCAGAAUUUCAUUACCUUUCAAUUAUCCACCUCCAUUGCAGCUUUGUCGCUUAUUGCCAUGGCCACUUUCUUCGGCUUGCCCAACCCAUUGAACGCUAUGCAGAUUUUGUGGAUCAAUAUACUCAUGGAUGGCCCACCAGCCCAAUCCUUGGGUGUUGAACCAGUUGACCAUGAGGUCAUGAACAAGCCUCCUAGAAAGAGAAGUGACAAGAUUUUGACCCAGAAUAUCUUGAGGAGAGUUGGUCAAAGCGCCAUUAUGAUCAUCAUUGGAACCUUGUACGUUUUCAUCAAGGAGAUGAGUAUUGAUGGCGAGAUCACUGCAAGAGACACUACCAUGACUUUUACCUGUUUCGUUUUGUAUGACAUGUUCAAUGCCUUGGCAUGUCGCCACUACUCCAAAUCGAUCUUCGAGUUGGGUCUCAACAAUAAAAUGUUCAACUUCGCUGUUGCCGGAUCGCUUAUAGGCCAGCUUUGUGCCAUCUACGUCCCAUUUUUCCAAGCUGUGUUCCAAACAGAAGCCCUUCUGUUCCGCGAUUUGGUUGGUUUGACGAUGAUUACAAGCACGGUCUUUAUUGGAGAUGAAAUCAGAAAGUAUCUUUUGAAGAGAAACAACACGACGGUGAACGGAUACAACUACGGAAUGGUUUGA